AUGGUAAAGCAUUCUAGAACAAAAAAAUCGAAUUAAGGAACACAAGUUCUAAAAAAUUCAAGAUCUAGAAAAAAAGAUAAUAUAAAAAAAGAAGUUGGCAAACCACCUAAUAUAGAUACAAUAAUAAUUUAGAUCCCAACUAUUUGGAGUACUGAUAAAUCGAUUUUAAAGAUAUUAGCGUUCUUAUAAGAGAACGGAAGGCAUAUUUCUAUACAUUUGGCUGGAGCUAAGAGAAAUUCAAAAAAUGAAUAAGAUGAAAUCAAAAGAAAAGUGAAAGAGGAAAAAUAGAGGUAAAUCAAAAAUAGUUAACCUACAUAUGAAUUUUUGGUUAAUUUUUGCGUUGAACAUCUUGGAUAUCCUAAAUGUUAAUAGAAAAAAUCAAGAAUAGUAGUUUUUUUCUUCAGACAUAACACUCACCCAAUUAAGAAAUGUAUCUAAAAGCAAAAUUUGAAUAUUCAAAAUACAUAAUGGUAUUAAUACAUUAAGAAAAUUUAUUAUUUGUUAGAUGAACAAUUUCGCUCAGAACUAAUUAAAAUCUUAUAGGAGAUAGAUAAGUAAUUAUCCAUUGAAUAAAUUGCUCUAUACCUAAUUGAAACAUUCUUAGCUACUAAAAAUUUAUAAGAUAUUUAAGUGAUUUUUAAAAAUCUUUUGGUACAAAUAAUUAAAACACAAGAAGAUGAAGAUCUAAAUAAGAAUAAUCUUAUAAAUUGUUCAUCAGAUGAAAUUUUUGAAAUUUACAAAAAAAAAAUAUACUUUUAUUAAAACAGAGUAAUAGAAUUCAUCUCAAAGUUGAAAUUACUAUUUAAUAAUUAAGAUCCUAACCAAUUCCAGAAUACCUUAUAUUGUGAAGAAUAAAAAAAUUGUUAUUUUGACCCUUAUAUUUCAAAUUAUUACGAUGAGGACGAAGAUUUAAAUUCAGAUCGAAAUAUUAUGGGGUGA